ACGAACCCAGCUCCUGCCUUGCCACAUCGCUGCCAGGCCCUGCCCGGGACACAGCCCUGCUGAGCACCAGCCAUGCCCACCGAGACCGAACGCUGCAUCGAGUCCCUCCUGGCCGUCUUCCAGCGCUAUGCAGGCAGGGAAGGAGACAACUGCACCCUGUCCAAGAGGGAGUUCCUGGCCUUCAUGAACACGGAGCUGGCUGCUUUCACCAAGAACCAGAAGGACCCAGCUGUGGUGGACAGGAUGAUGAAGAAGCUUGACCUGAACAGUGAUGGGCAGCUGGACUUCCAGGAGUUCCUCAACCUCAUUGGGGGCAUAGCAGUGGCCUGCCACAACACCCUGGUGGUGAAGACCCCUACCCACUGAGCCUGGCUCUGGCUUUCCUCCAGCUCUCUGAACACUCCUGGAAGAUGGAUGCACAGCUGGCAGCAGUGCCCUGGGGCUGGGCACUUCCCCACUCCCUUUUUUAUGUAUUAAAA